AUGGCUGUCAAUGGUUCCAACUCUUCGCAAUCUGUUCAUUCACCAGCAAUAAAGUGGGAAACAAGUGCCACUAAAGUACUUUUAGCAUUUUUAGAUACUCGAAAAGAAGUUCUUGAUGCUUUAAAAAAAGAAUGUGAAAGAGCUAAUAGUAAUGGACCACUUUGGCAAGAAUGUAGUUUACAUUUAGUUUCUCAAUACAACCUUAAUUAUACAGCUCAACAAUGCUUUACCAAAUUCAAAAACUUGUCACAAAAAUAUAAG